GCCACCUUAUCUACCACCAAGCUUUCAACCCCCUUUUCUAGACUCGAAUUUUAGACGUGAACUUCAAUUUCCUGUGCAUCUGAGUUGAUUUGGAUUGUGAUUAUCUUUGCUUAAUUCUAGAUUUCACCCGACAUUUGAAAAUUAGGUUAUGUUCUCUCAUACUUCCGAUUCUACCUCACACCAGCAGUUCGAGAUUGUGUUGAUUCGUCUGGAAGGCCAGUGGCUCAUCAAUAUCUGAAUUGAAUGCUGAGUAGCAGGAUUAUCGUCUUAUGCUGCGUUUGAAGUUCCAGAUCGAAACCAGUUUCUUCCAGUAAUGGCAGCCGCAGGUUCUUUGCAACUUCCCCAUCAUUUGGGAACGUGCAAGAACCACAAUCACAGAUUACGAGUAUUUCUAUCAUAAUCGUCUUCAGUACUUGUGCGUUCCAUUUUAGGGUCCGGAAUAUGAUUGAAUUAUGGUGUUUGUUGUGACAGAAUGAGAUUGGAGGCAGCACGUUUCGAAGCUCUACUACUAGGAUGUCCUCAUUUCUUGUGCAGCAACAUUGUUGGAGUAUCCGUCUUUCAAUGACAUUACAAGUCAAGAAACAUGCACUUUGUUAUAGAAAAUUUCAGUUUAGGUGCCGUUCUUCUUUGAAACCAGGCCAACCUGUUGAUAUUACAAGUAUAAAGAAUGCUGUUAUAAAUGUAUCGAGAUCAUACAGUUGGUUACAAAGCAGCCCUCUUGUUCUCAAGUUGAUACCAGCUGUUGGAAUUAUUGCUUUCGGGAUAUGGGGUUUGGAACCAAUCUUGCGCCAAAGUAGAAACUUAUUCCUCCGUGUCGGUCAUGCUUUUAAGUUUUGUUUAUUGUGCUAUUUGACAAAUGUUUAGUUUUUCAUAUAAUUUGUGACAAUCUAUUUACAAUGAUAUAUACAGAAAAGUGAUAGUAGUUGGAACAAGAGUAACACAUAUCAUGUUAUGACCUCUUAUCUUCAACCUUUGGUGCUGUGGACUGGAGCAAUGCUUGUCUGCAGUGGAUCCAAUGGUUCUUCCAACAGAGGCUAGUCAAAUUGUUAAACAGCGGCUUCUAAAUUUUGUGAGAUCGCUAUCAACAGUGUUAGCGUUUGCUUAUUGUUUGUCAAGUGUGAUACAGCAGACACAUAAGUUUUUCAUGGAGACAAAUGACCCUUCUGAUACGAGAAAUAUGGGCUUCCAGUUUGCUGGAAAAGCUGUAUAUACUGCGGUGUGGGUUGCUGCAGUGUCAUUGUUCAUGGAGUUGCUAGGUUUUUCUACCCAGAAGUGGCUCACUGCUGGAGGACUUGGGACUGUCUUGCUAACUCUUGCUGGCCGUGAGGUUUAUUUCAAAUCUUUAGUUCUUGGAUUUUAUUUUUUAUUUUCCUUCACCUGGUUCACCUUGUUCUAAUAAGUACAUACUGAUAUAGUGAUAUUUGGUUUUUGAAUCCUUCAUGCUGUUAUUUUUUGAUAAAUGUGUUAACUCAACUCUUGUGAUUUUCAGAUUUUUACUAAUUUUCUUUCUAGUAUGAUGAUUCAUGCAACUCGACCAUUUGUUCUCAAUGAAUGGAUCCAAACAAAAAUUGAAGGUUAUGAAGUUUCUGGAACUGUGGAGCAUGUGGGUUGGUGGUCACCAACAAUUAUAAGAGGUGAAGACCGUGAAGCUGUUCACAUACCUAACCACAAGUUCACUGUUAAUGUUGUGAGAAAUCUCAGCCAGAAAACUCAUUGGCGGAUAAAAACUCACCUUGCCAUUAGUCAUUUGGAUGUCAGUAAGAUUAAUAACAUUGUAGCUGAUAUGCGGAAAGUUUUAUCAAAGAAUCCUCAAGUAGAACAAAAAAAGUUGCACAAAAGAGUUUUUCUAGAGGAUGUUAAUCCUGAAAACCAAGCCCUCCUGAUCCUGAUAUCUUGCUUUGUGAAGACCUCACAUUUUGAAGAGUACCUCUGUGUGAAGGAAGCUAUCCUAUUGGAUCUUCUGAGAGUGAUACGACACCACCGAGCCAGAUUAGCCACUCCAAUCCGAACUGUUCAGAAGAUAUACGGGGAUUUAGAUUUGGACAACAUACCUUAUGAUGUAGCAGACCCAAUAUUCAACCGUGGGGCCACCUCGAGCCGCCAGGUGCUGCUCAUUGAGCCAACAAAAGUCAGAACUGUGCGUGAGGAAGACUCCCUCAAGGGGGAACGCUCAACACCACCACCACCCGAGAACAAAGCUGAACCCAAAGCGAAUGCCAUCACUUCAUCAACACCUGACUUGACCAAGCUUGAGCCAAAGGUUGGACAAGUCUCACAUGUUACUGCUAAAACAACCUCAAAGCCGGCCUCCAAGCUGGACCAGAAUGCUUCAAAGCCGCCAUCAUCAUCAUCAUCAUCAUCAAAAUCUGCUGGCAUUGAAGAGAAUAUAGUACUCGGUGUUGCUCUGGAAGGUUCAAAGAGAACCCUUCCUAUCGAAGAGGCAGCAGUGAAGGAGGUCAAAGAAUUGUCCAUGUCUCACAGUAGUAGCAGUAAUGGAUUGGUAGCUACUUCAGAAAAGGAUAAACAGCCGAGUCCGCGUUCUUCAGGUGCUCCUCCUCCCCCGCAUGCUGACCAGCAGGAAUGAUUUAUCUUUUUGUCCUGUCACUUGGUGGUUCAACAUUUUAUUAUGGACCAUUUUGUGCUCCUUACAGCCAGCCUAAUAUCCUGUGAGAUUCAUUCAUGGCUAAAAAAAAAAAGAUUAACUUUACUAAUGUAUUACUCCGUACCUAAUUUCAUCCUUCUAACCUCAAAAGGCAACUCAGGGUCCUACUA